CAACAACCUCCUCCAGCAAUAACAGCAAUAACGCAGGAUCUACAUUAACAUCACACCACCACCAAUCCCAGUCACAACACAUAACGACUGUGAGCAGCAUGCAGGAAACCAACACGUGCUGGAGAUGUCAGAAUGAAACAGGGGACAUGAGUCUCUGGCCUUAAUCUCAAGAACCCUAUAUUCUACUAUUCUGUGUAGAGGACAACCUGAGCUUAGUGAUAUCACAUUUGUUGGGGUAUAACCGUGACAACACAUGCCCUGUCUCUUCAAAAUGUCAGCCAUCUCAACCAGCACAUUUUAUGGGCACAAGAGAGGUAAACGCAAAGCACUGAAGUUAAAUUUUGCCAAUCCAACAAUUAAACCAACUACAAGAUUCACUCUCAGCACAUCUGGACCUCCUUUCCAGAACCCGCAUAUAGAGAGGCUACGGACGCACAGUAUUGAGUCUUCAGGAAAGCUGAAGAUUUCUCCAGAGCAGCUUUGUGACUUCACUGCUGAGGACCUGAAAGAUUUAGGAGAGAUCGGGCGGGGCGCAUAUGGCUCUGUCAACAAGAUGGUGCAUAAACCCUCAGGCCUGAUCAUGGCUGUUAAGAGGAUUCGAUCGACCGUGGAUGAAAAGGAGCAGAAGCAGCUGCUAAUGGACUUAGAUGUGGUUAUGAGGAGUAGCGAUUGUCCAUAUAUUGUUCAGUUUUAUGGGGCUCUCUUCAGAGAGGGGGACUGUUGGAUAUGUAUGGAACUUAUGUCUACCUCAUUUGACAAAUUCUACAAAUAUGUAUAUUGUGCAUUAGAUGAUGUGAUUCCUGAGGAAAUAUUAGGCAAAAUAACAUUAACUACUGUGAAAGCACUAAACCACUUAAAAGAAAACUUGAAAAUAAUUCACAGAGACAUCAAGCCAUCCAACAUUCUCAUGGACAGGAACGGCAGCAUUAAGCUCUGUGAUUUUGGCAUUAGCGGACAGCUUGUGGACUCCAUUGCCAAAACCAGAGAUGCAGGAUGCAGGCCUUACAUGGCACCUGAGAGAAUAGACCCCAGUGCUUCCAGGCAAGGCUAUGAUGUCAGAUCAGACGUGUGGAGUUUGGGAAUCACACUUUAUGAGCUGGCUACCGGGCGCUUCCCUUACCCCAAGUGGAACAGUGUUUUUGAUCAGCUGACCCAGGUGGUGAGGGGCGACCCCCCACAGCUCAGCAAUUCAGAGGAGAGGCAGUUUUCUCCUAAAUUCAUCAACUUCGUCAAUCUGUGCCUUACAAAGGAUGACUCAAAGAGGCCAAAGUACAGAGAGCUUUUGAAACACCCGUUCAUCUUGAUGUAUGAAGAACGGACCGUGGACGUUGCUAGCUACGUGUGUAAAAUCCUGGAUCAGAUGCCCUCCUCCCCCAGCUCCCCCAUGUUUGUGGAUCUAUAGUGAGCUGAGGUCUCAAAAACAAACACAUGGUGUAAACAUUUGUUUUAAUGUGUACUGUGUUAAAAAAAAGAACAUAAUCCUUAACAUCAUGCACACCAAGCGUGGUGUUAAGUUCAACCAUUUCUGUAUCAGUGGUUGUCGUACUGUUGUUUUUUUUCUACAUGAGGGGAUGUUAGAAGAUUGUGUGUAGAUGGUAUAGUCUUUAAAUCAGGAAUUAUGUCCAGUGUUUUGGAAAAUACAUCUCGGUAAAUAUUAAUUUGAAUGUUCAAUGUCUGCCUUAAAUCCAUAAGGUGAAUCAUAUAUUUUCACCUUACCAAAUGUAAAUUCUAUUCAAAUCAGUUGUGGAAUAUUAUUUAGAAAUUUUAUUCAAAAAAGGAUCAAAAACAAGUAGCUCACAAAAUCAUGAUUGAUAUUAUGGGACUAUUUAUGUAAAAAAAAAAAAAAAAAGUAUAUAUUUACCUAAAAGUGAUGUCAGCCAACAUGUUACCAAAAAUGUUCUUGGACAGAGAAACUAGAGGGUGAACGAAACACGAGGCAUAAACUUGGGUGUAUUUGCAUUUGCAAUAUAUGUUCAAAUGUGGGAUGCAAACACAUGUACGCUUGCCUACAAAGUCAUGGACAACUUUACACUUUGUAAAUAAAUAGGUAUGCAAAAUGUUGUCCAAUUAAAAAAUAUAUAGAAUAUGUAAAGUGGCUUUAUUAUGCAAAAAGUUUUGUAUUUUCAUUAGUAUUUAGUGCAUAAAUAUUUUUUUGAAAUGUCCAAAUCCUGUUUACCACAAUAGAAUAUCCUCAGUGUUCACCAUGUUCAGGCAUUUUUCAGUGAGUGCAAAUGUGUGCAUAUGUCCCUUUUCACUAAUAUGCUAGAUUCUCACAGAUCCCUUUUCCCUUUUUACAGCUGUAGCAGUGUACUCGGCAUCUUUAGAGCGAUGCAGCAUGUUUUAUUCCCUUUCUCCCUGAGGGUCUCUUUAUGUGCGCUUUUACCUUGCCCUUCAAAGACAAUAACUCACAAUAUGUCCGUUAAUUUGAGCUCACAGUCACGAAACCAUGCUGUGCUGGACACCAACUCAUACUUGGCUCUUUCAUUUGAACGUACUGUAUGUUCAAAAUUAGGGUUUCGAAAAUGAAAAAUAACCUUUAUUUAGUCAUCUUUUUAAAUGCCAGGAUGACUAUUUGCAUGCACCUGAUCAUAUUCAGCAUCAUAAUAGCAACCAAUUUAGACGUGACUUACAAUAGAACGUGUCAAAGUUGCGAGAGGAGUUGAGAAAAUAUGCUGUACCAUUGCUUUUUUUCACUGUUGACUGCUUGUAAAAAAAAUCAUAUGAACGUUGCCCUGGAUUUAAAUGAUCUAUAUAUACUGAACACGUUUUACUGUGGGGUUGUGGAAGAUGAACAUAAUGGAAAUUGUCUAGACAGUUUCUAAUGUAGAAUACAAUAGUGUACAAAUGUCAAUUCAUCAUAAUAAUAUUAAAAUACUAUUAAGGGUGGUGAGUAUCACAUUGUAUCGGUAUUAAGGAGUUAAGACAUGUAUAAUGUUCACACAUAUAGUGUGAAGAUCUCAUAUCUGUAUGUUGUGAACUUUGAUUGUUUCCUGUACUAUAGAAAAUGUAUAAAAUAUAAAACAAGAACUAAAGAUGUGCAGGGAUUUUGCCUUCUAUGUCCGUGAAUGGGAGCCCAGGUAACGCAACACCUGAAUUCAAAGAGGAAUUGUACCCUAUUUACUUCACAUAUUUAAGAAAUUGUCAGUGGAAUCUAAAUGUUCAUGUAGUAAAGAUAUGAUAUAGCAUCUGCCUGCAGGUCAGUUGUAAUACGGAUGUGACCGUGACCUCGUCAUUGUGUUCUGUAAGGUCUGGAAACAAAAGCAAAAAGUUCAAUAAAACAAAUCAAUCUGCCAGAAA